AUGUUAAUUGGACAAAUGGAGAAUGAAGAACCACAAUUGGGUCUGAUGGAUCAAGAUGAAAAUUCACAACUUGUCAAAAAAGUCGGCAAGACAUAUGAACAAAGGAGGUUCAUAUUUCAAGAAGAUUGUUCUACCUAUCAUAUAGAACCAGACACAAAAGUGGCAAAAAGACGACUAUGUGACCAAGCCUUUUUAAUUAACUGCUCUUCCCAAGGUCUAGGGAAGAACCCCAUUGAGCAUAAAUAUUUAGAGGGUUUGUAUUUCCAUCCUAUAGAGCAUUACGGGGAUUAUGAUGCUCUUGAAAUAAAUCAAAAUCUGGGAAUCGUAAAAGAGAUUUAUAUGAGAGCUCAAAGUGUUGAUCUACAAGGUAUGGUUGAAUUAUCUCAAAGUCCUUUUUAG